CGCACUGUCGCCGAGCGGUGACUAGACAUUCGGUCAUAAGCGCGGCGGCGCCGCUGGAGAAGAAAAAGAAGGAGGAGAGUCCGUCCAUGGCAUCGACCGUCGAACACGUCAUCGCUUGAACGCCAAACGCGAUCCUGCAGACAUGUCCACCCCCGACCCCUCCAUGGGAGGCAACCCUCGCCCGGGUCCGUCCCCAGGGCCAGGUCCCUCUCCCGGAGCCAUGCUGGGCCCCAGCCCUGGUCCCUCGCCCGCGGGCUCCUCCCACAGCAUGAUGGGACCCAGCCCCGGACCCCCGUCCUCCGGACUCCCUCAGCCGGGGCCGUCUGGGUACGGCCAGGACAACAUGCACGCCAUGCACAAGCCAAUGGAGGCCAUGCAUGACAAGAGUUUGAGCGAGGAGGCGCGCUUCAGUCAGAUGAAAGGAAUGUCGGUGAGAGCGGGCGGGCACAGCGGUAUGGCCCCCCCACCCAGUCCUCUGGACCAGCACUCACAAGGCUAUCACUCCCCAUUAGGCGGCUCGGACCAUUCCAGUCCUGUCCCUUCAAACGGUCCCCCAUCCGGACCUCUACUUCCAUCCUCUUCCUCAUCUUCCUCUUCCAUCGGCCCCGGUUCUGGAUCCACACCAUUGGAAGGACCCAGUGGAGACCAGCACACCCUGGGCCCCAACAACCGCCCUGGAACACUCGGAAGUGCAGGGCCCGGUCCCAGUCCCGGACCGAGUCUGAGCUCCACUGUCCCCAGCCUCGUGGCAGGCCUUGAAUCGUCCAGUGGCCUCUCCGGACCCGGAGGUCCCGGGGCCCCCGGGGGUCCCACUCCUUUCAACCAGAGCCAGCUGCACCAACUGAGAGCUCAGAUCAUGGCCUACAAGAUGCUGGCCCGAGGUCAGCCUCUGCCGGACCACCUCCAGAUGGCUGUGCAAGGGAAAAGGCCCAUGCCCGGGAUGCAGCAGCCCAUGCAGAGCUUGGCCCCGGGAGGCGGACCACCAGGACCGAUGGGUUCCGGCUACGGCCGAGCUCAUGGAAUGAUGGGUCCCAAUAUGCCCCCACCGGGCCCGUCAGGGAGUUUAGCUGGGAUGCAAGGACAAAACCACAACGGACCAAAGUCUUGGCCUGAAGGUCCCAUGGUGAACGCGGCAGCUCCGUCCAACGCCCCCCAAAAACUGAUCCCUCCUCAACCUACAGGCCGACCCUCCCCCGCUCCACCCUCCGUCCCCCCCGCCGCCUCCCCCGUCAUGCCUCCGCAGACCCAGUCCCCCAGCCAGCCGGCGCAGCCCCCGACCAUGAUGUCUUACCACGGCAAGCAGAGCCGCAUCACCCCCAUUCAGAAACCCUGCGGUCUGGACCCGUUGGAGAUCCUGCAGGAGCGGGAGUACAGGUUACAGGCGCGCAUCACUCAUCGCAUCAUGGAGCUGGAGAACCUGCCGGGCUCCCUGGCCGGAGACUUACGCACCAAAGCCACCAUCGAACUCAAAGCUCUGCGGCUCCUCAACUUCCAGAGACAACUGCGACAGGAAGUGGUGGUGUGCAUGCGUCGUGACACGGCCCUGGAGACAGCCCUGGACGCCAAGGCCUACAAACGCAGCAAACGACAGAGCCUACGAGAGGCACGCAUCACCGAGAAACUGGAGAAGCAGCAAAAGAUCGAACAGGAGCGCAAACGCAGACAAAAACAUCAGGAGUACCUGAACAGCAUCUUGCAGCAUGCCAAAGACUUCAAGGAGUACCAUCGCUCCAUCACGGGCAAACUCCAGAAACUGACCAAAGCCGUGGCCACGUACCACGCCAACACAGAGCGGGAGCAGAAGAAGGAGAAUGAGCGCAUCGAGAAGGAGCGCAUGAGGAGACUAAUGGCCGAGGACGAGGAAGGCUACCGCAAACUGAUCGACCAGAAGAAGGACAAGCGCUUGGCCUACCUGCUGCAGCAGACCGACGAGUAUGUGGCCAACCUCACCGAGCUGGUCCGAGCGCACAAGGCGGCACAGGCCCUCAAGGAGAAGAAGAAGAAGAAAAAGAAGAAAAAGAAGGUGGAGAGUCCUGAAGGACAAGCCCCAGUUCUAGGUCCUGAUGGGGAGCCUCUGGACGAGACCAGUCAGAUGAGUGACUUACCUGUGAAGGUGAUCCAUGUGGACAGUGGCAACAUCUUGACCGGGGUGGACGCUCCCAAGGCGGGACAGCUGGAGACCUGGCUGGAGAUGAAUCCUGGUUACGAGGUGGCUCCGCGCUCUGACAGUGAAGGAAGUGAGGAUGAAGAGGAGGAGGAGCAGGAGGAGGAGGAGGAACCUCAGCCUUCAGCAGCACCAGCAGAUGACAAGAAGAAGAUUUCCGACCCCGACUGCGAGGACGUGUCCGAAGUGGACGUGCGACACAUCAUCGAGCACGCCAAACAGGACGUGGAUGAUGAGUACAGCGGCGCCGCGUUUGCCCGAGGACUUCAGUCGUACUACGCGGUGGCACACGCCGUGACGGAGAAGGUGGAAAGACAGUCCACUUUCUUGAUAAACGGACAACUCAAACAGUACCAGGUCAAAGGUCUGGAGUGGUUGGUGUCGCUCUAUAACAACAACCUCAACGGCAUCCUGGCAGAUGAAAUGGGUCUGGGCAAAACCAUCCAGACCAUCGCGCUCAUCACGCACCUCAUGGAGCACAAGCGCCUCAACGGACCCUACCUCAUCAUCGUGCCCCUCUCGACUCUCUCCAACUGGGUCUACGAGUUUGACAAGUGGGCGCCGACGGUGGUCAAAGUGUCCUACAAGGGUUCUCCUGCAGCCAGAAGAGCAUUUGUCCCUCAGCUGCGUAGCGGCAAGUUCAACGUUCUCCUCACCACGUACGAGUACAUCAUCAAAGACAAACAAGUCCUGGCGAAGAUCCGCUGGAAGUACAUGAUCGUGGACGAGGGUCACCGCAUGAAGAACCACCACUGCAAGCUGACCCAAGUCCUGAACACGCACUACCUGGCGCCCAGGAGGGUCCUGCUGACUGGCACUCCCCUGCAGAACAAGCUGCCCGAGCUGUGGGCGUUGCUCAACUUCCUCCUGCCCACCAUCUUUAAGAGCUGCAGCACGUUCGAGCAGUGGUUCAACGCCCCUUUCGCCAUGACGGGAGAGAAGGUGGACCUCAAUGAAGAGGAGACCAUCUUGAUCAUCCGUCGUUUGCACAAAGUUCUCCGUCCCUUCUUGCUCCGCAGGCUGAAGAAGGAAGUGGAGGCACAGCUCCCAGAAAAGGUGGAGUACGUGAUCAAGUGUGACAUGUCGUCCCUCCAGAGGGUCUUGUACAGACACAUGCAGGCCAAGGGAGUGCUGCUGACCGACGGCUCAGAGAAAGACAAGAAGGGCAAAGGAGGCACCAAGACGCUGAUGAACACCAUCAUGCAGCUGAGGAAGAUCUGUAACCACCCAUACAUGUUCCAGCAGAUUGAGGAAUCCUUCUCUGAACAUUUAGGUUUCUCUGGUGGGAUAGUCCAAGGCGCUGACUUGUAUCGGGCGUCAGGAAAAUUUGAGGUGUUGGAUCGAAUUCUCCCCAAACUGCGAGCGACCAACCAUAAAGUGCUGCUCUUCUGUCAGAUGACCUCACUGAUGACCAUCAUGGAGGACUACUUUGCAUACCGCAGCUUCAAGUAUCUGCGUCUGGAUGGUACCACCAAGGCCGAAGACCGAGGAAUGUUACUGAAGACCUUCAACGAUCCGGGGUCCGAGUAUUUCAUCUUCUUGCUGAGCACUCGGGCUGGAGGUCUCGGCCUCAAUCUCCAGUCUGCAGACACGGUGGUCAUCUUUGACUCGGACUGGAACCCGCACCAGGACCUGCAGGCCCAGGACAGAGCUCACCGCAUAGGCCAACAGAACGAGGUGCGGGUGUUGCGCCUGUGCACCAUCAACAGUGUGGAGGAGAAGAUAUUGGCCGCCGCCAAGUACAAACUCAACGUGGACCAAAAGGUCAUCCAGGCCGGAAUGUUUGACCAAAAGUCAUCCAGCCACGAGCGUAGGGCCUUCCUGCAGGCCAUCCUGGAGCACGAGGAGCAGGACGAGGUCUGGGGUCAGGAAGUGUGUCUACGUAUAAAUGAGGAGGAUGAGGUCCCGGACGACGAGACGGUCAACCAAAUGAUCGCCAGGAGCGAGGAAGAGUUUGAUCAGUUUAUGCGUAUGGACUUGGACAGGCGGCGAGAGGAUGCCCGUAACCCGCGCCGCAAACCUCGCCUGAUGGAAGAGGACGAGCUGCCCACCUGGAUCAUGAAGGACGACGCCGAGGUGGAGCGCCUCACCUGCGAGGAGGAGGAGGAGAAGAUGUUCGGCCGGGGCUCUCGCCAGCGGAAGGAGGUGGACUACAGCGACUCCCUGACGGAGAAGCAGUGGCUGAAGCAGGCGAUCGAGGAGGGCACGCUGGACGAGGUGGAGGAAGACGUGCGCCACAAGAAGACCACGCGCAAGAGGAAGCGGGACCGAGACCCGGACCUCCCGGUGCCCUCGUGCUCCUCGGGCGGCCGAGGACGAGGAGACAAGGACGAGGACGCCAAGAGGCAACGGAAAAGGGGGCGGCCGCCUGUGGAGAAGAUCUCCCCCAACCCUCCCGUCCUGACCAAGAAGAUGAAGAAGAUCAUUGACGCUGUCAUCAAAUACAAAGACGGCACCAGUUGUCGUCAGCUCAGUGAGGUGUUCAUCCAGCUGCCGUCAAGAAAGGAGCUGCCCGAGUACUACGAACUCAUCCGCAAGCCUGUGGACUUCAGGAAGAUCAAGGAGAAGAUUCGGGGCCACCGCUAUCGCAGUCUUGGCGACCUGGAGAGAGACGUCAUGCUGCUCUUCCAGAACGCUCAGACCUUCAACCUGGAGGGAUCUCUGAUAUACGAGGACUCCAUCGUGCUGCAGUCGGUCUUCACCAGUUUGAGGCAGAAGAUCGAGAAGGAGGAAGAGAGCGAGGGCGAGGAGAGCGAGGAAGAGGACGACGAGCAGGACGACGGAUCAGAGUCUGAAACUCGUUCUGUCAAGGUCAAGAUCCGACUGGGCAGGAAGGAGCGAGGAGGAGAACGAGGAAAAGGACGUAGCAGACGAUCGGGACGCACCAGAGCCAAGCCCGUGGUUAGUGAUGACGACUCUGAAGAUGAACAGGAGGAGGAUCAUUCCGUCAGUGCCACUGAUGAAGAGUCGUGAAGUGCAAGAGAAGACGUGAUGAAGUAGUCCUGCUACUCACACAUUUGAAGAAAUGAUGCUUUGGGUCGGCAGACUCCCAGCCAAACCUCCGCCAGCCCUCAGUCGCUUAAGAACAAGAAACAAAUACCGUAUUUUUUGGACUAGAAGUCGCGUUUUUUUUUCGUAGUUUGGCCGGGGGUGAGACUUGGCCAAACUAUAAAAAAAAAAAAAAAAAAAAUGUUAAUGUUUUUUAUCUUUUAUUUUUUGGUUUGGCCGGGUCCCACCCCCCGCUGGACUGUGGAGAAGACUGCGACUUAUAGUCCGAAAAAUACGGUACACACUUUUAGUCUCACACCGGACAUAAGGUCUUCUUUGUUUCCCUGCAUUGGCCCAGAUGACACAAUUAAACUAAUGACAUCCAUCGCAGUGAAAGAUGUUAAACCACAACACAUAAAUCUAAUCUAAUAAAUACUAUCAUGAAUUAGGUCAUAAACUGACUCAAUCUAAACAAUUCAUCUUAUUUGCCACUUAAUUGUACAAGAUCAUUUUGAGCAAAUAUUAAGGUACUUUACAUUUCAAUGCAACGCUUGUUUUUCCCAGUCAUGCGGUAGAAAAAAGACACAUUUUAGUAGAACUGUGGAGUGAAAUUACUGACUAAACCCCACAAAAAGAAAUGUUUUUACUCAUGGCCAACAAUUACCAAGUAAAAAAAAUAAUUCACAGGUAUAAAAAAACAUUUCUGCAAGUAAAAAAAACAUUUUCUGCACGUAAAAUGGUUCACAAGUAAAAAAAAAAAAAACACAUUUCGGAAGCUAAAAAAAUUAUUCGCAAGCAUAAAAACAAUUUUCUGCAAGUAAAAAUCACAAUUCGCAAGUUCAAAACCUAUUUUGUACAAGUAAAAAAACUACUGUAUUUUUCGGAGUAUAAAUCGCACCUGCCGAAAUGCAUAAUAAAGAAGGAAAAAAACAUAUAUAAGUCCCACUGGAGUAUAAGUCGCAAUUUUUAGGAAAAUGUAUUUGAUAAAACCCAACACCAAGAAUAGAAAUUUGAAAGGCAAUUUAAAAUAAAUAAAGAAUUGUGAACAACAGGCAUAAUAAGUAUACGUUAUAUGUGGCAUAAAUAAGCAACUGAGAAGGUGCCUGGUCUGUUAACAUAACAUAUUAUGGUAAGAGUCAUUCAAAUAACUAUAACAUAUAGAAUAUGCUAUAUGUUUCCCAAACAAUCUGUCACUUCUAAUCGCUAAAUCCCAUGAAAUCUUAUACAUCUAGUCCCUUAUGUGAAUGAGCUAAAUAAUAUUAUUUGAUAUUUUACGGUAAUGUGUUAAUAAUUUUACACAUAAGUUGCUCCUGAGUAUAAGUCGCACGCCUGGCCAAACUAUGAAAAAAAAUGCGACUUAUAGUCCGAAAAAUACGGUAAUUGCAUGUAUAGAAAAUUCACUUCUGCAAGUAUAAAAAUGAUUUGCAAGUUUAAAAUCAAUUUUGUACAAGUAUAAAAAAACAUUUCUGCAAGUAAAAAAAAAAAAGUUUUCUGCAAGUAACAUGGUUCACUAGUGAAAAAAAACAAAUUAUUUACAAGUACAAAAACACAUUUCGGCAAGUAAAAAAUUGAUUCGCAGGAAUAAAAACAAUUUUCUGCAAGUAAAAACAAUUCGCAAGUACAAAACCUAUUUUGCACAAGUAAAAAAAACUUACAGCAAGUAUAAAAACAAAUUUCUGCAAGUAAAAAAAAAUGAUUUGCAAGUUUAAAACAAAUGUUGUACAAGUAAAGUAAUUUGCAAGUAUAAAAAAAUAUUCGCUAGUUUAAAAACAAUUUUGUACAAGUAUAAAAAUGUUUUCUGCAAGUAAAAAAACAUUUUGCAAGCUUAAAACCUAUUUUGUACAAGAAAGAAAACUUUGCACAAGUAUAAAAACUAAUUUCUGCACGUAAAAAACAGAUUUUGCAGGUUAAAAUCCAAUUUCGUACAAGUAAAAAAACAAUUGGCAAGUAUAAAAACAAUCUUCUAAAAAAACUAUUUUCUGCAAGUAAAAUGGUUCAGAAGUUAAAAAACAACUAUUUACAAGUAUAAAACACAUUUCAGAAAGUAAAAAAAUCAUUUUCAAGCAUAAAAACUAUUUUGUGCAAGUAAAAAACACAAUUCGCAAGUUCAAAACCCAUUUUGCACAAGUAAAAAAAAGUAAUAGCAAGUAUAGAAACAAAUUUCUGCAAGUAAAAAAAAAACUAUUCGGAAGUUUUUUAAAGUAAUUUUGUACAAGUAAAAUGAUUCGCAAGUAUAAAAAAUUAUUCGCUAGUUUAAAAUCAAUUUUGUACAAGUAUAAAAAUGUUUUCUGCAAGUAAAAAUACUAUUUGCAAGCUUAAAACCUAUUUUGUACAAGUAAAAAAGCAAUUCGCAAGUAUAAAAACAAUCUUCUGCAAGUAAAAAAAAGUAAUUUCUGCAAGUAAAAUGGUUCAAAAGUAAAAGAACAACUAUUAACAAGUAUAAAAACACAUUUCGGAAAGUAAAAAAAACGAAUUGCAAGUAUAAAAACUAAUUUCUGCAAGUAAAAAAAAAGUAUUUGCAAGUUUAAAAUCAAUUUUGUACAAGUAUAAAAAAAAACAUUUCUGCAAUUAAAAAAAUAUUUUCUGCAAGUAACAUGGUUCACAAGUGAAAAAACCUAACAAAACAAACUAUUUACAAAUAUAAAAACACAUUUUGGCAAGUAAAAAAUUGAUUCGCAAACAUACAAACAAUUUUUUGCAAGUAAAAAAUUGAUUCGCAAACAUACAAACAAUUUUUUGCAAGUAAAAAAAACUAUCAGCAAGUAUAAAAACAAAUUUCUGCAAGUAAAAAAAAAACUAUUCGCAAGUUUAAAACCAAUUUUGUACAAGUAAAAUGAUUUGCAAGUAUAAAAAAUUAUUCGCUAGUUUAAAAUCAAUUUUGUACAAAUAUAAAAAAAAAACAUUUUUGCAAGUAAAAAAAACUAUUUUCUGCAGGAAACAUAGUUCCCAAGUUAAAAAAACAACAAAACAAACUAUUCGCAAGUAUAAAAACACAUUUCGGCAAGUAAGAAAUUGAUUCGCAAGCAUAAAAACUAUUUUCUGUAAGUAUAAAACACAAUUCGCAAGUUCAAAACCUAUUUUGCACAAGUAAAACAAAUUAUUAGCAAAUAUAAAACAAAUUUCUACAAGUAAAAAAAAAAAACUAUUCGCAAGUUUAAAACCAAUUUUGUACAAGUAAAAUGAAUUGCAAAUAUAAAAAUGAUUCUCAAGUUUAAAAUCAAUUUUGUACUAGUAUAAAAACAAACUUCUGCAAGCAAAAAAACAAUUUGCAAGUAUAAAAAAAAAUUUCUGCAAGUAAAAAAAAAACUUCGUAAGUUUAAAAACAAUUUUGUACAAGAAAACCAAUUAUUCGCCAUUUUAAAAACAAUUCGCAAGUAUAAAAAUAAUUUUCUGCAAGUAAAAAUAAAUUUGAAAGUUUAAAACCAAUUUUGUAUUAGUAAAAACAUGAUUCACAAGUCUAAAAACAAUUUUCUUCUUAUCAAAAUAUUUGACAGUAUUAUUCCAGGUUGACUUACAGGUUGAGCUUGUUUCCUCUCUAUUCUGUUCGCCAUUUUACUCUCCACCCUGCUUCUUCUUCUGUUAUUUUUGGCGGACAGCCUUAAAUUGACUCACCAGCACCACCAGUUGUUACAGAGUGUGAAUUACAGUUGCUUUGAGUGCAAAUGUGUGGAUUUUUACUGUUACAAGUUUUAACUUGAAGAAAAUUGUUUUUAUACUUGCAAAAUAGGUUUUUUGUGGGCAGUUUCUCUUCAUAUAUAACCAUUUAUUAAUUCUUUAUUUUGAGUAUAGAACAACACUUUUAGCCAUUUUAGUUUUUCUUACUAGUGGUUAUUUUAGGUUUCAUUUACAAACCCCGUUUCCAUAUGAGUUGGGAAAUUGUGUUGGAUGUAAAUAUAAACGGAAUACAAUGAUUUUCAAAUCCCUUUCAACCCAUAUUCAAUUGAAUAUGCUACAAAGACAACAUAUUUAAAGUUAAAACUAAUAAACUUUUUUUUUUGCAAAUAAUCAUUAACUUUAGAAUUUGAUGCCAGCAACAUGUGACAAAGAAGUUGGGAAAGGAGGAAAUAAAUACUGACAAAGUUGAGGAAUGCUCAUCAAACACUUAUUUGGAACAUCCCACAGGUGUGCAGGCUAAUUGGGAACAGGUGGGUGCCAUGAUUGGGUAUAAAAGCUGCUUCCAUGAAAUGCUAAGUAAUUCACAAACAAGGAUGAGGCGAGGGUCACCAAUUUGUAAGCAAAUUGUCGAACAGUUUUAGAACAACAUUUCUCAACGAGCUAUUGCAAAGAAUUUAGGGAUUUUACCAUCUACGGUUGGUAAAAUCAUCGAAAGGUCCACUGCACUUAAGUGAUGAUAUUACGGACCUUUGAACCCUCAGGCGGUACUGCAUCAAAAACUGACAUCAGUGUGUAAAGAAUAUCACCACAUGGGCUCAGGAACACUUCAUAAAACCACUGUUAGUAACUACAGUUGGUCGUUACAUCUGUAAGUGCAAGUUAAAACUCUACUAUGCAAAGCGAAAGCCAUUUAUCAACAACACAAAGGAACGCCGCUGGCUUCGCUGGGCCCGAGCUCAUCUAAGAUGGACUGAUGCAAAGUGGAAAGGUGUUCUGUGGUCUGACGAGUCCACAUUUCAAAUUAUAUUUGGAAACUGUGGACGUGGUGUCCUCCGGAACAAAGAGGAAAAUAACCAUCCGGAUUGUUAUAGGCGCAAAGAUCAAAAGCCAGCAUGUGUGAUGGUAUGGGGGUGUAGUAGUGCCCAAUGCAUGGGUAACUUACACAUCUGUGAAGGCACCAUUAAUGCUGAAUGGUCCAUACAGGUUUUGGAGCAACAUAUGUUGUCAUCCAAGCAACGUUAUCAUGGACGCCCCUGCUUAUUUCAGUAAAACAAUGCCAAGCCACGUGUUACAACAGCGUGGCCUCGUAGUAAAAGAGUGCGGGUACUUUCCUGGCCCGCCUGCAGUCCCGACCUGUCUCCCAUCGAAAAUGUGUGGCACAUUGUGAAGCGUAAAAUACGACAUUGGAGACUCCGGACUGUUGAGCGACUGAAGCUGUACAUAAAACAAGAAUGAGAAAAAAUUCCACUUUCAGAGCUUCAACAAUUAGUUUCCUCAAUUCCCAAACGUUUAUUGAGUGUUGUUAAAAGAAAAGGUGAUGCAACACAGUGGUGAACAUGUCCUUUCCCAACUACUUUGGCACGUGUUGCAGGCAUGAAAUUCUAAGUUAAUUAUUAUUUGCAAAAAAAAUACAGUUUAUGAGUUUGAACAUCAAAUAUGUUGUCUUUGUAGUGCAUUCAACUGAAUAUGGGUUGAAACGGAUUUGCAAAUCAUUGUAUUCCGUUUUAAUUUACAUCUAACACAAUUUCCCAACUCACAUGGAAACGGGGUUUGUACAAUGAUAAAAAAUGACCAGUUUUUUGGACACUAGACAACGGUUACUAUCUUUUAUUAUUGUUUAGUAACUUAAAUACUUCAAAAUGGAUUUCAAGUCAGUCAACAAGACAAAUUAAAUAUCAAUCAUAUUUUUUUGUGGUGACAAAUACGUGAAAUAACAUGUUAUAUGCGAUAAAGCCACUGAAACAAGUCAUCUUAUGUCAUGAAAUGCAAUGCAUUUCAAAUGUUUAUGUAAAAAAAAAUCCUUUUAGAGGCCUACUGAAAUGAGAUUUUUUCUUAUUCAAACAGGGAUAGCAGGUCCAUUCUAUGUGUCAUACUUGAUCAUUUCGCGAUAUUGCCAUAUUUUUGCUGAAAGGAUUUUGUAGAUAACAUCGACGAUAAAGUUCGCAACUUUUGGUCGCUAAUAAAAAAGCUUUGCCUGUACCGGAAGUAGCAGACGAUGUGCGCGUGACGUCACAGGUUUUGGAGCUCCACACAUGCUCACAUUGUUUACAAUCAUAGCCACCAGCAGCUAGAGCGAUUCGGACCGAGAAGGCGACAAUUUUUCCAUUAAUUUGAGCGAGGAUGAAAGAUUCGUGGAUGAGGAAAGUGAGAGUGAAGGACUAGAAAAAAAAAGGCGAGGGCAGUGGGAGCGAUUCAGAUGUGUUACUAAUGUUUUAGUGAGAUUAUAUGGUACCUGAAAGUCAAAGGGGUGUGGCCACGGGUGUGGUGACCACCAGUGUCUCCGGUGGGAAGAGGUAAUAGUCCACGGCUCCAGGAGGACGCAAGCUCCGCUCAUGUCUCCAGUAAGAGCCGACUUAUUACCACAAAUUUCUCACCGAAACUUGCCGGUUGACAUGUUUGCUUGACCGCUCCGCUCCAUAGUAAAGCUUCACCUUUGGGAAUUUUAAACAAUGAAACACCGGCUGUGUUUGUGUGGCUAAAGGCAGCUGCAAUACACCGCUUCCCACCUCCAUCUUUCUACUUUGACUUCUCCAUUAUUAAUUGAACAAAUUACAAAAAAAUCACCAACACAGAUGUCCAGAGUACUGUGUAAUUAUGCGAUUAAAGCAGACUACUUAUAGUUGUGAUCGGUGCAGGGAGAAAAUGUCCGCUACCACUGGCGACGUCACGCGCACGCGUCAUCAUUCCGCGACGUUUUCAACAGGAUACUUUGCGGGAAAUUUAAAAUUGCAAUUUAGUAAACUAAAAAGGCCGUAUUGGCAUGUGUUGCAAUGUUAAUACUUUAUCAUUGAUAUAUAAACUAUCAGACUGCGUGGUGGGUAGUAGUGGGUUUCAGUAGGCCUUUAAGUUAAAAAAAAAAAGAUCAGAAAAGCAGGACAGACAUUGCAUAAAUGAAGAAAACAAUGUUAAAUAGAUUUAUUUGACACUAUAAAACAUGUAUUAAUAGAAAACAAGUGUAAAAAUGUGAAUGUAAUUAGUGUUACUACCUCCUGUCAUAGCACCAGACCAAAUGUUUGAAUUUGCGAGAAUUGUACAAAAUAUACUAUUAAAAUAAACUACAACACAAGAUCAUUCUCAUAGAGCAAAUUUAUAAAUUAUUUAUUUACAUUUUGAUUGAACUAAAUCAUACAGCACACACAUAUUUGCCUGCUAACAUGCUAGCGGGCUAACUAUUAGCAUGCUAACAUUUAGCAUAACAACUUCGACAAACAGCAAAUUACACCACAGUCAGAGUACAAAAAGGAAUAGUUUUUAAGUUACCUCAUUGGCCUCAUUCACUGUAGGUGUAAAUAAAACUUGUUGGGUGGUUACUUUACAAACUUAAUAGGGACUUUGUUUUCCUGUCAAAAACAGUUUAGCCGUGUGCAUCAACCAUUAGCGUCCCACACCACAACAGAUAGAGAGCGAACAUUGAUUCCACCAUCGAAUAAAACCAUAGACAUUGUAUAAGUAGACGUGGCAUCGAGCGCUACUGGCGCUGACGAGACGCGGAGCCGCCAUCUUGGAUUGGUGAUCCGCUCCACUCAGUGCACCUAUUUGGCAGGAGCAAUGAGCUGUCAGAGCAUUUAAUUCAUCUUACCUCACUCAAUACCAACACACAUAUAUAUAUAUAUAUAUAUAUAUAUAUAUAUAUAUAUAUAUAUAUAUACACACACACACACACAGUGGGGUAAAAAAAGUAUUUAGUCAGCCACCGAUUGUGCAAGUUCUCCCACUUAAAAUGAUGACAGAGGUCUGUAAUUUUCAUCAUAGGUACACUUCAACUGUGAGAGACAGAAUGUGAAAAAAAAUCCAGGAAUUCACAUUGUAGGAAUUUUAAAGAAUUUAUUUGUAAAUUAUGGUGGAAAAUGAGUAUUUGGUCAACCA